ACUACCCGUGUGCAGAGGGUUCAUCAUGGCGGUGGUGUUCAGCGAAGAGGAGUUCCAGCAGGCCUGGGUCGAGCUGGACGAGCCGCAGCUGGACGGAGGAUGGGAGUUCUUCACCGAGACGAUGGGCAUCAAAAUAUACCGACUGUAUAAAAAGGAAACGGGUCUGUACGAGUACAAAGUGUUCGGUUCUCUGCCCAGCUGCGCGCCAGAACUCUGUGCAGAUGUGUACAUGGAUCUGAACUACAGGAAACAGUGGGACUCGUACGUCAAAGAACUACAUGAGAAAGACUACGGCGGACAGAAAGCUAUAUACUGGGAGGUGAAAUAUCCGUUACCGCUGUCCAACAGGGAUUACGUGUACGUGCGGGAGCGGCGAGACCUGGACGUGGGCGGACGUAAGAUCUGGGUGGUUUUGGCCAAGAGCUCGCCAGUGUCUCAGUGUCCUGAGAAGAGGAGUGUGAUCCGAGUCAAAGAUUACAAACAGAGUCUGGCAAUGGAGAGCGACGGAUCCGGCGGGACUAAAGUGUUUAUGAAUUACUUUGAUAAUCCUGGCGGCAUGAUACCAUCAUGGCUGGUUAACUGGGCAGCUAAGACCGGCGUUCCUGCCUUUCUCACUGACCUGAAGAAGUCCUGCAGUAACUACACAAACUACUGCACAAACAACAAGUGAUGCAUCGAUUCUCAUUUGACCUGCUUGUGGAAAACACCUCAUUCGUUCUGUUUUAGUGUCAGAAGGGCAUUCGGGGUUUGUGGUUAAGGGGAUUAUUGGGGAUGCAUACUUCUGUUUUUAUGGUGAUGGGAGAAAACAGCUGGAUUACUUCAUUAGUGUCGAGCCUUAACAAUAUAGACACUCUUAUCUUGAACUGUUGGAAAUAAUCCAGGUGUCUCGUUACAUUUUAACAGAUUAGUAGUGCUUAUGUGAGUGUGGAAAAAUCCUUAAAGUCAUUUUUUAUAACCCCCCUUUUAAAUGGCCGUCAAUGGAGAAUUAUGCUUUUUGACCAUAAUGAUGUUGUUACAACAUCUACCAGCAGGGGCCACAAACUUUUUUAAAUGUUUAAAAGUUUCUUGGUGGACCUUUUAAUUGAAAUUCAUCAUAGCACUUUUGUCGAAAAUAAACAAAUAGCGAAUGUUGCAUGGUGAAUGUGCUAAAACUUAGUUUACCUCUGUCAUGUCUGAUGCACUUCCUGAAAUCCCAGGGCUAAUUUAGCAUUUUUGUGGCACAUGCACAUCUGAAUACAAUCGUGCACUUAAAUUUUACAAAACAAAUGUAAAUAUGCCUGUUAUAUGCCUAUUACUCUGUAUCUAAUCAAAUGUGGGUUUAUCGCCCGGUUUACCUUUUGAUUCUAGACUUGAACUUGGCAUCUUUUUUUUUUUUCGUAAUUUGUUUUUAUUUUUUUUAUGGUUGAUGUAAUUUUAAUGUCUAAAUGUGUUGUUAUUAUUAUUUUUAAUCAGGAUUUAUGUAAUGGGAAUUUUAAUUACAUUUGCAUUAGUUUCUGAGCAGAUACUCUAACAGAAGUGACUAUCAGGAAAAGGCACGAAUGAAAUUAAUUGCAAUUACCAGAAUACAGAGCUGCAAAUAUAUUGAUGAGGAUUUGCACUGAAAAUAUUAUGAUUAUAUAUUAACGUCUAAAACAUAAAUGAUUAUGUGCUGUUUACAAAUGAAUGCUGGUCACACGAUAAGAUAUUAUAUGAUCCAUUUAUUGUUAUUCUUAUAAAAAUAAGAAACUAUUCUGAUUUCUGCUAUUCAGAUCCCAGUUGCAAGAGAGGCCUUAAGGUUUGAAUUAAAGUUUAAUUACAUGUUAUAAUUGUCAGGGUUUUUUAUUAAGGGGCUUCUAGCAACCAGCUGCAGCACUUUCAAAUAAAACCCCUACAGCACACUGUGUACUAACACUUCACAAUUGUGCUGAACGUUUGUGAAUUAAUGAAUAACCGUUACAUUUAUAUAGCGGUUUUCUGACACACACUCAGAGCGCUUUACACAGUGAACGGGGGAUUCUCCUCAUCGUUUAUGUAUAAUGUAAAGGUGAAUGUUUGAUGUGUAGCAGCAUCACUUUCAAUUUAAACAAUCACUAAUGAACAACUGUAGUAUCCAUUAGGAAAUGGGGAUAAUGAUAGGACAAUUAUUCCAAGGAUUUUCAUUCACAUUGCCUGUGACCUCUGCUUAAGGCUUGACUAUCCAUAGUUUGAUGUUCAGCAAUUUAUUCUGUCAGUUUGUCUAUUAUUGUCCUUUUUAUUAUCAUAUUCCUCUGGUUUUUAAUUUUCAUAUCUACCUCUGAAACUCCCUGUCCUGUAACGUAAAAAAAAAAAAAAAUAGAAUUUAUUUUUUCCCCCUCAAGCUGUCUGUUAAUGAUUGGUGAAAAGGUAUUGCAAUAAAAUGAUAUUCUGCCUUCUGAACGUUGUAUUUAUUUUGGAUAUUUGUGUGUUUGUGCACAGAUCUGCGCUUAAAUGCCCAUAAUAGAACAUGAUCAUGAAUUGUGUGCAAAUCCAUAUACUAAAGGAAUUUAUAUAUUAUACUAUAUACUUUAUUAUUUAUUUAUUUAUUUCUAGUGUAAAUCGUGAGUUGUGUCGCCCCCUGCUGCUCAGCUGUGUAUUGCAGUCUGGAGUGCCACCUCAUACAGCCUAAUAUUUGAUGGCCCUUCAAACAGGUUGUUGGUGUGUAAAACAUAAUAAAUAUAAACAGAUUUUUGUAUAUAUAUAAGUAUGUGCGCUCCCUUGGUGUUGAUUUGGGUCCCGACUGUCAUGAAAACUAAG